GGGCCGGAGGUCCAGGAGGGCGGGGCGGGAGGCACGGAGGGCUGGGUCCUUCACUGCUGGCUGUGGAGCGCACGGCCGUGGGUGGCCGCUGGCCGGGAGGCUGCGGGGUUGAGCCCCGCUGACCCGCCGGGCCGGCCAUGGGUGAUCGCGAGCGCAACAAGAAGCGGCUGCUGGAGCUGCUGCAGGCGGCAGACACCGGCAACGCGCACUGCGCCGACUGCGGGGCGGCGGGUCCCGACUGGGCCUCCUACAAGCUGGGGAUCUUCAUUUGUCUCCACUGCUCCGGCGUCCACCGCAACUUCCCGGACAUCAGCAAAGUGAAAUCCGUGAGACUUGACUUCUGGGACGACAGUGUUGUAGAGUUUAUGACCAACAACGGGAACCUCCGUGUGAAGGCCAAGUUCGAAGCCAGAGUCCCAGCUUUCUACUACAUCCCCCAGGCAAAUGACUGCCUGGUCUUAAAGGAACAAUGGAUUCGAGCUAAGUAUGAGCGACAGGAGUUUAUGGCUGAAGGGAAAACCGUCUCACUCCCAGGUAACCGGGAAGGAUUCCUGUGGAAGCGAGGAAGGGACAACGCACAGUUCCUGAGAAGAAGGUUUGUCCUUCUGACAAGAGAAGGCCUCCUGAAGUACUACACCAAGGAAGAGGGAAAAGGCCCCAAAGCUGUCAUCAGCAUCAAGGACUUGAAUGCCACCUUCCAGACAGAAAAAAUCGGGCAUCCACAUGGGCUGCAGGUCACCUACAGAAGAGAGGGGCGCACCCGGAACCUAUUUGUGUAUCACGAAAGUGGGAAGGAGAUAGUAGACUGGUUCAAUGCCCUUCGUGCAGCCCGUCUACAAUACCUAAAAAUGGCCUUUCCUGAGUUUCCAGAGUCUGAGCUUGUGCCUUUCAUCACCAGGAACUACCUCAAACAAGGCUACAUGGAAAAGACUGGUCCAAAGCAGAGAGAACCUUUCAAGAAAAGAUGGUUUGCCCUGGAUCCCCAGGAGCGGAGGCUGCUGUAUUACAAGAACCCCCUGGAUGCCUUUGAACAGGGCCAGGUUUUUCUCGGGAGCAAGGAGCAGGGAUACGAAGUAUAUGAAGACCUGCCCAAGGGCAUUCGAGGGAAUCGCUGGAAAGCCGGCCUUACCAUCGUACCAGAGCGGAGGUUCAUCUUCACCUGUGCCAGCGAGAAGGAGCAGCGGGAAUGGCUGGAAAGUUUGCGGGAUGUCCUGUUGCCCUUGUCACCCCUCCACCUCCUCAGUGAGAAGCAGGGACUGGGGGUGGUUCUUUUGGCUGAGGGCAGAAAGGGGUUUCUUCACUUGGGCUCAGCUGUGAAACCACAAAGCCCUCUGUGCUUUCCAUGGCCUUCCUCUGCCAAGGAAAAAUACAGACCUUGCACAUUACUGCCAGAAAGUCCCCUUGGCACCCAAGUUCCUCUAACUGGGCCCUUCUCCAUGUACUUCAGGCAGAGUUGGGCCUCUGCAGAACCCUAAGCUGGCUCUACCAUGCUGGGCUGGGCAGCCUCCUCCCCUCCCCCUUCCUUUUCUCAUGAGAAAACCCUGGCCUGGUAUUAUUAGCAGAGGUCACCCUGCUAGGCAGCUCCUGGAAUUCUGGAUUCCUCCCCACCCAGAGAGAGGGUUAUUUUUAGUGCCCUUCUUUUCCCCUGGGUCCUUCCCUCUGUCUCUCUCCUCUUCACCCCAAGCAUGUCACAAGGAGGUGUCCCUGUCUGCUGACAGCCUUGCCUAAGGGGAGAUGUGCUGAGUUAGGGCAGGAAGUUUCUGGCUUACGGGCCUGGCUUUUGCAGGGAAAGAAGUUCUGUGCUUGGAAACAUACAGACUGAGCAGGUGACCCCACACAGCAAAUUGGGGGAGCCCUUCUGCUCUAUGAGUCUGACCAGUAUGAACACAAACUCUCCUCACUGCCCCGGUUCCUGAAGCUACAGAGCCUCAAGAAAGGAUGCAGAAGCAGGCCUUAGGGAAGCCUUCUGUUUUCUGUUCUCCGUCUGUCUUGUUCUCUCUCUCCUUUUCUCUUGCUUUCUAACCUGCACCCCUCUGUCUCUCACUCUUUUAGUCUGUUUUUAAAUGCUCUUUUCUUUUUGAAUCUAUUUUUUUUAAUCCUGGCUCCCUCUGUCAUUGCACCCCUGUCAUCCUGCUGUCCUCUUCUCUCCAGAAGGACUGCACUGUCUGGGCCACCUCCCUCAGCCUCUUGUUUCCCUUGCAGCUGCAUCAGCAGGGAGUGGAGGCAGAAGCAGGUGACCCAUCGCUGAGGAGCCUGUGGGCACUGAGCACCUGAGUUCCUGGUGGCCUUGCCUCCAGAGAACUCAUCUCUGCUCUGGUUGCCCAGCAGGGGUGCCUCAUAGCCAGCAGCCAUCCCAGGCAGUGAUCUCUGCCAUGACUGAAGCUGUGACUUAUCCUCCUACACCCUGGGCUUCCUCCUGCUGCCACUGCCCAGCAUCAGAGAGCUGCAGAUCAGGUGCAGAGAUGAGCACGCGGCCCUGCCACACACACCUUGGCCUGACAUGUCCUGAAGACCCAGAACUUUCUCACAUCUGAAAUAGAGGCGCUGUAAGAAAAAGGCACCCAGAGCAUUGUGCAAGUGCAUUUUGCCAAAAGAAAAAAAAAAGUUUAAACUUAACCACGAGUAAAUAAUCAGACAAAUGCAAAUUCACAUUGGGUACCUGCUGCUAAACAACUAGCCUGGACUCUUCAAAAGGUCAAUAUCAUGAAAGAUACAGAUACACUAGAAUACAGGAAACUAAGACAUGGCAACCAGAUGCUGUUUGAGAUUCUUGAUUGGGCCAUGAAUUAAAAAAAAAAAGGUGUAAAAGACAUAACUGAAAUAUUGAGAAAUCUGAAUAUGGAUGUAUAGUAGCUAUUGUAAAAUCGUGAUAAUCAUGCCGUAUUUGUAUAGGAGAAUGUUCCUGUUCUUAGAAGAUAUUGCUAUAGUAAAAUGUAAAAAUGACACCUACAGCUGAUUCUUAAAGAGUUCAACAAAAAAUUCAUGUAUCCAGUAUAUGAACAGAAUGUGUGUUAUUCAUAGCUAUACUUGUCUCUCCAUGUGUGUACAUACAUAUAUAGUGUACAGAGAGAUCGUGCCACUGUAAAAUGUUAGUGACUGAUGAAUCUAAAUGAAAUAUA